AUGUCCCGCACAGCCCCCGCCACAGAGAAGCGCAUCCACCUCACCCGCCACGCCCAGGCCGAGCACAACGUGGCCAACGACUACCAGAUCGCUGAUGCGCCAUUGACCAAGCUGGGACAAGACCAGUCCCGAGAGCUCAACGAAAUCACCAAGAAUGGCGUACAAAAGACUGCCGACCUGCUUCUCCGGAGGCCACUGGAGACCAUGCUCCUCGGCUACCCUGGACUGAAAUUCCGGCUCGAAAAGGACGGAAAGCCUGUCAUCAUACUCGACCUCUUACAAGAAGUCGGCCACUGGCCCUGUGACACACCGACUCAUCCCUUAUCCGCUCUCAAAGCCUCCAACGACGGUAUCUUUUCCUCUCUUGAUUUCUCCCGCCUCUCCCCCGAGUACGCCUCCAAACAGGGUAUCUUUGACCCUCGAAACGCGAUAGAGCGCGCCAGACAAGUGCGGGUAUGGUUGAGAGAGAGACCAGAGAAGGAAAUCGUUGUGGUGGCGCACGGGGAUAUUUUGAGAUACAUUGCCGAUGGACAGCAGUCUGCCAGACCCUGGGGCAAUGCCGAGUCCAAAGUCUUUACCUUCAAGUCCGAGACCGACAACUUUGCCGGUCUGGUCGAAUCAGACUACAAGGUCAAGGCUCCCGACGCUACCGAUGACCCAACCAGCAGCGAGAUUUCUAACAAGACUCAAUAG